AUGCCAUUACAUUGUCUACACUGUCAUCGUUCCGGUCACUCUAUCUCAUCAUGUCCUAGUCAUCCAAGUCGCAAUCGUCUUUGCUGGUCAUGUGGUCAACCAGGCCAUCGUGCAGCAAAAUGUUCUUAUCAUCGCACCUCAACGCCAACCAACAACAAAGAAUCAUACGUGCCACCAUCGCCACCAUCGCCCACACUGUCUUCUGCCCACAGCCACGACUCUGAUGUUUCAAUGCUUUCUGAUGACCUUUCCAAUCGUGAAGCUCACAACGACCAGAUUAUUGUCGACUUUAUCCCACCUCAGCCCAAUACUGAUCCAAACGCCAAACCUAUCACUGAUUGCCAACGCAGAAUACUUAACCGCCUGUUCCCUUUUUCCGAUGAAGCAAGAACCAUUACUGAAACGCUGACCCGCGUAUCUUAUGACAGACUUUAUGCUACACUUCGCAACAAGGGGAAAGCGUUCCCCCCUUCGUUCUCUUCUGCAUCGGAAAGUGUCUCUUCUUCGAGUCACAAUGAUCCGGUUCGAUCUAUUUCUAUUCCCAGUUAG